GAUGGUGGUUCUUGCAAAACUGAAUACUUUGGUUAAACAAUGGAUCAUAGAUAUAAGUUUGUCAAAGGUAUCUAGGAACUCAUGGAUUUUAUUUGAUGACCAGUUGCAAGAUGAAUACAAAAAAUGCAUAAAUUAUAUAGUAUAUGAAACAACCUGUAUUUUUAUUAUUUUGUGUAGAACAUGCCUGAGUCAGUUGCAAACUUAGUUGGUGGAAAGAUCUUCACAUUUGGUUCUUACAGGCUUGGUGUGCAUACCAAAGGUAAAAUUUAGAAUGAUAAUUUUAUUAUUUACUGCUGUCCGAUGAUACUGUACAUGUAAUCAGAUAUAUACACGUGUAGAACAAGAAUAUUAGUCUAAAUGUCGAGGUACAGGAUGUCAUUACGUAAAGCAGAAUCUUGAUUUUUUGAUUUUGAUCUCCUGAUACCUGCAAUUCAAACCAAAAGUAACUGUUGAAGUGUAAUGUUAUUCUUCAGGAGGCUUGGAAAGUUGUGAUUGUUGUACUUAUUUUAAAUUACAUGUACUUUGUGUAUAAGACUUUAAACGUUUCAAGGCUCUGCUCCAGGGAAAACUAAAGGGAGCCUAGCGCUCUGAACCUGUAAAAUCUAGGGUGCCCAGCAUAUGAUUUCUGUAAAAAAUCUGAGAUUUUCUAGUUGCCCAAGAGCAAAAGUUAGGCUCCAGGGGCCACUGGACUCUGCCAGAGUACAGCCCUGCAUUUAUAUUGUAUUCCCGUCCUUGGAAACAGCAGUUUUGAUCUCAAGAAGGCUCAGAAAUUAUUAGAGCUUUGACAUAAUUCAAGUGGAAUUAUUUUCUACAGAUCUUCAUGAGUGUACUAUGUGAUUGCUUAUGAUUAUUAAUAACACCAUCUUUUAUGACUUUUAUCCAGGUGCUGAUAUUGACACACUCCUUGUUGCUCCUCGUCAUGUUGAGCGAACUGACUUCUUUGGAACUUUUUAUGAGAUUCUCAAGAACAAUGAGGAUGUAAAGGAAUUAAGGGUAAAUUUUUGCAGUAAAUAUGGGUCACCUUUACUUUCUUAUAAAACCUGAUCAGAGCUUUUUUCCUCUAUUUCGCGAGUAGUCAUUUACACAGAGUAGGACGUUUACUGUGUAAAGGUUGCUAUCAAGGGAAGGUGCUUUCUUGAAAGUGGUUGACUGCAUCACACUGUUCCAAAGUCAUUUAUAAUUUAUGGAGCAUUCUGUUGAGAAAAUACAAUUCCUGCGCAGCUGGCUCCUUUCACACUUUUUAUGCUUCCCUGUAUUAUAGUAUAAUGCCUCUUUUCAUUUAUUCAUGUUUAGUUCUUUCUUUCCUUUGACUUUUUUUAUAGGCAGUUGAAAAUGCUUUUGUUCCUGUCAUCAAAAUGGUAUUUUGCAAUAUUGAGGUGAGUGACCAUUUCUUGCAUCAUCAUGCCUUAAAGUAUACCGGUAAGGUCCCUUCAAAGAUAGCCUGUGUGUCAGAGGAACUUAAUUACUGGAUAAGUCCAUCUGCAAAAAAAGCACCAAAUACCUUGUUCUGGGCCCUCACUAGUGUACCAGCAUUUGAGUACAUUUAUGUCUGCCAUAAUUGGCCUGUUAACAAAGCCAUUUUCAAUUUACCAAUCAGGUUGAAGGGAGCUUCAAGACACAUUUCUGGUGAUUCAUUGAAGCUGUUGGGGCUCAAAACAAGGGUUGAGGUUACUAACUGAGGAUUGAUUACAUCUUUUAUGCUGGCUACUUCAAUGAGGAUACCCAUUCUCCUCACAAAACAAAAAUAUGCCAUUGUGUUUCAUCACUGGUCAUUCUCCUGGCCUUCAAAGUCUAUCUGAUCCAGUAUAAAUUGUCAUCAUUUUUUCACUCAAUUUAUAGAUGGACUUGCUGUUUGCCCGACUAGCCCUCCCUGAGGUCCCGGAUGAUCUGAGUCUUCUUGAUGAGGGUCUUUUGAAAAACCUGGACCCAAAGUGUGUUAGAAGUUUAAAUGGUAAGUGUUAUAGGAAAAUAAUAUAUUAUUGAAUUACAUGGAGACAGCAGUGACUGCUGUCAGUAAUUUUAGUUGCAGAGGUACAUUGUGUCAUUUUAUCUUUGGUAUGACGAUAUCUGAUUGUAGUUACCUUACAGUACACUGUACAUGUUUUUGUAUUUUGCAGGUUGUCGUGUCACAGAUGAAAUUCUACACUUAGUACCCAACAUAGAAAACUUUCGACUUACAUUAAGGGCAGUCAAAUUAUGGGCAAAGAGUAGGUUCUCAUUAUUAGUAACUUGUCAGUAUUAGGACUAGAGAUUGUAAUUUUUUCCCGGUUAACAGAAUGCAGGGUUACAAGAGCAGCAACAAGUAAAUUUAUUUCAACUGAGGGUAUUCUUCAUGGCUGUAAAGCUCUGUAGCAACUCACCACAUUGGGAUUUGCAGCUUUAUUGCAAGCACAGGCUCUGGCAACUUGAAUAAACAUGACCUCCAUGACACUUAUCCUGAGCUCCCGAAAAAUUACCAGUAGUUAAACUCUUUUGCUUGCACUUACCUGCUUAAACUCUUUUUGAGAUAAAAUUCUAUAACCUUUCCAAGUAGUUUAAUAACAUACAAGGGAAGCUCUCAUAAGCGGACACCCUUGGGAUGCAAAAAUGGUGUCUGUAACUGCAGCCGGCUGCUUACGAGAAUGUAAAAACUACAGAGUUUGUAUGAGAAUUGAGACAAACAGGGUUUUGUGGUGUCCACAGGUAGAGCUGCCCGCUUACGAGUGUCUGUUACGAGAGCUUCUACUGUAGUAACAUUGUUGUAAAUAAUGAAGAAGGUCUUAAAUGAAGAAUGUUUGAGAAACCAUUUAGAUGAUACAUGUACAGUAAGUUAUGCAGGUCUCAAAAAAUAGUUAAAUGUCAUUUUCAUCUCAGAGUAAAAUUAAGAACUAUAGAUAAUGUUGUUAUUGUCACAUACUAAUUGUAACUCAUUUGUAUUUGUGAUCAGAACGUGGAAUCUAUUCCAAUGUUUUGGGUUUCUUGGGUGGUGUGUCAUGGGCCAUGUUAGUGGCUCGUACAUGCCAGCUGUAUCCAAAGGCAGUGGCAGCUACGCUUCUCCAAAAAUUCUUUCUUGUAUUUUCAAAAUGGUACGUACAAAGUUGUGUUUGAGGAAAUUAAGAACAUUUUUUGGUUCUCUUGUAAAGGGGUGGGUAAUGUAUUGUAAUAAAAAUAUCACUGUAUGUUAUAACCAGAGAUUGUACAUAACUGCACUGUAUUUGCUGCGGUGUCUCGUGAGACAAAGUUUUUUUUGUAUAGUCAUUGAGGAGAAAUAAUCAUAAUUUUGGAGGCUCUGAAUUUUAGGUAAUACACUCAACCCUCCCAUAAGCAACUACCCAAAAUGUGAAGAUUUAGCAGUCGGUUAAGGGAAUCGAAGCACAGGGGGUAUCUUCCGAGCAAAGGUCCCGAGACAUUUAAGUUUUGGCAGAGAAUUUAUUGUGUGCAAUUAUGUCACUGACAGUUCUUCAUAUAGUCUGAGUGGUGUAACACAUACAGGAAACAAAGGGCGCUUUCUAUUGAACAAAAAUUCUGGUUUGAAAUUUCUGAAAUUUCAUGUGCCCAAUGGAACGGUACAUUCUGGUUGCACAAUUUUGUUAUUUUAGGAGCUAAACUGUAAGUGACCCCUGGAAAAAAAGUUUAUUUUGUUUCUUGGUAAAUAAUUUAUAUGAUGUGUUAAUUUUGGUUGCGUUAACAGGGAGUGGCCAAAUCCUGUUCUCUUGAAAAACAUCGCCAUACCUUCAGAAAAACUGAAUUUUCCAGUCUGGGAUCCUAGGGUAAGCAGCUUUUAAUCAACUGUCAGUUUUACACUAGCAAUCUGUUGUUAAAAUUUGUUUUACAUUGAUGUACAUAUGAAGAUAUCAAUUAGUUGCAUUGUUUAAUUAGGUUAUCCAGAUAACAAGAAGGGGGUUAAAAAGUAAGGUUUAGAAAUCAGACAUGAAACAACCUUUCAAGUGCCCGAUAUACCUUCUUAAAUGAUGAUUAUUUUUUUCUCUUGAAGAAAUCUAAAGCUUAAGUUCGUAAAAUUUUAUUGUAAUCACUUCAAACCCAAUAUCCUAACCUCGUUGAAUGUAGUCAUUAAUAUUAAAAUGACUUUGAGAACACUCCAUCAUGCAUGUUGCUGACAAAUAGAAAGAAUUUACUGAAAAUAAUUAUAAUGACAAAUACUUACUUACUGACAAAUAAAAAGAAUUUACUAAAACUAAUUAUGUGAGUCACUGAAGAACUACUUGUUUUUUUUUGACAGAGUAAUCCUGCAGACCGUUAUCACUUGAUGCCCAUCAUAACACCUGCUUAUCCUCAGCAGAACUCAACAUUCAAUGUGUCAUUUUCAACAAGAACUAUAAUGAAAGAAGAAUUUGAUAUUGGUAAGUGAAAAUUAUUUAUUUUGAUAACUCACGACAAUCAACCUUUUUUCCCAUUUUGUAAGUUGAUUAUUUUUAUCACAAGGUCAGGACCAUUUCAGUGAAACUGGCAAAACCAUGAACACUUAAAAUACUUCAGGAAUGUUUAUUGUGUUAUGACCAAUCACAGCAAAGAUCAUUAUAUGUGAACCACAGUCUCGGUCAAAAUUGUAACUAAUUCACAUUCGCAUAAAAGCCACUUUAUGCCUUUUGAUGGAUAAGUUAUGGGUGAAAAAUUUUGCAUAAGGCAUAAGGUGGGCUGAUAGAGAAAAUUUGCCAGCGCCGCUGAAGGGGAGGAGGGUGGGGAAACUUGCUUGCCCAUUGUAGAGUAGACUUGCGAGAAGACGGUGAAUUUGUUUGCUAGGGCGUAUAAAAGGCCUAGGGAAUUUCCCUGGGGACCGUAAAGGACCAAUAGACUGCUUCCCGAGGGAGCACGCAGUAAUCUAGUUGAUUAAAUCGUCACGCGGCGGCUUUUAUACGAAUGAGAAUAGUAACUAAUUCACAUUCGCAUAAAAGCCACUUUAUGCCUUUUGAUGGAUAAGUUAUGGGUGAAAAAUUUUGCCUAAGGCAUAAGGUGGGCUGAUAGCGAAAAUUUGCCAGCGCCGCUGAAGGGGAGGAGGGUGGGGAAACUUGCUUGCCCAUUGUAGAGUAGACUUGCGAGAAGACGGUGAAUUUGUUUGCUAGGGCGUAUAAAAGGCCUAGGGAAUUUCCCUGGGGACCGUAAAGGACCAAUAGACUGCUUCCCGAGGGAGCACGCAGUAAUCUAGUUGAUUAAAUCGUCACGCGGCGGCUUUUAUACGAAUGAGAAUAGUAACUAAUUCACAUUCGCAUAAAAGCCACUUUAUGCCUUUUGAUGGAUAAGUUAUGGGUGAAAAAUUUUGCCCGACACCAGGGGUGCUAUAGACUCAUCCAAAAGACGGUAAAUUAUUGCAGAAUACCUCAUUAACUUGCAGUACAGCCAAAUCUCCCCGAAACUCAGAAAAACCCACAAAAACUCCCUUAGAGAGAUGGGCAGUGUUGGCAUAAUGCCUCCCAGAUGUGACGGAUUCAAUUGAGGGGAAUGGCCCGGCCCAACUGUGGGGCUUUCCCUCCCGGAUACGCUAAAGGAAAGCUGAAGGGUGACUUGCAGCAUGUGUAACCCGGUUAGAGAAAUCCGAAUGGGAGGAGAUAAAAAGAAGGAAAGACCCUGCGAAAGAGGGAGGCUGGGAGGGAACCCCACAGUUGAGUCGAGUCAGGACACCGUCCGAAGACUGGAUGAGGGGUGUGUUUAGGAACCCCCCCUGAGCACCACUCAAGUGUGGGGUAAGGAAAUAUAGUAAGCAAAAGCCAAAGAAAAUAUAAUAUACAAGGAAACUCGUGCAAAUUUAUUAAGGCUGUACGCUGGAGUAAAGAGAAUGUGGUUACUGAUAUCUAGGAGUUACGUCACUUUCUGUUUCUGCUAUGUGACCUCUAAGAUCACAAGUGUAAUAGGUGAGGAAGAAUAAACACAAUAUAAAAAGUGAGACGUCUCAAGGGAACAGCUGCGAGGGGGCACGGAGUAUGCUGACAAUGCAAUGUGCAGAAAUUAUACAAAAUGUUGACAAUACAAUGAGUAGGAAACGAACGGGAAAAAUAAACAACUGGUCACCUUAUUCUAAAAUCUUUCAAUACAUACACGUAAAAUGCCAUAAAGCAUCAAAGACUGUAGACCAAAUGAACGAUGGACGGUCGCGAAGUAAAGCCAAAGAUGUCUGUUCGUCAUUGUACGUUUCACAGACGUUAAAGGGCACCAACGAAAUUAAAAACAUGCCACCGAACUGCGUUGGUGAGAUCUUCGUUUACGUUUCACAAACGCUAAGAAGCGUCAACGUAAUGUCUAUCCCUUGAUUGUACGUUUCACAGACGCCAAAAGGCGCCAACGUAACUGAUUAAAAACAUGCCACUGAGUAGAGCUGCUGGGAUCCUCCUUUACGUUUCACAAACGCUAAGAAGCGUCAACGUAAUGUCUUUCUCUUCAUUAUACGUUUCACAGAUGCCGAAGGGCGCCAACGUAAUUAAAUACAUUCCACUGAACUGCACUGUUGAGAUUCUCCUUUACGUUUCACAGACGCCAUGAAGCGCCAACGUAAAUAUGUUCCGGCUCGUUUUCGUUCUACUGUAACAGACGCAAAAGACGCGACAAUAAUCAAAUAAGGGUCGCCUUACCUCUGGCACGUUGCACAGACGCCUAAAAGCGCUAACGUAAACAAACUCCAGAACAGAAUGGUGAAAAAGAUAAACGCCACGUAUGUGACAAAUUGACAAGAAAAGGGGGAAGCGAGAAAUUAAAACAUGAUACUUAGGUGGAUGGUGUUGGUGCUGGUUGAGGCUCUGUCGAAGCAAUAGCUACCGCAUCAGCUGGGUCUGGUUAAACAGGGACGAGAGCCAUGAAAGAGCUUCAGCGGCUCUGGUCGCGUUGCGGAAGAAUGAAACUUGCUUGUCCGUUGUAGAGUAGACUUGCGAGAAGACGGUGAAUUUGUUUGCUAGGGCGUAUAAAAGGCCUAGGGAAUUUCCCUGGGGACCGUAAAGGACCAAUAGACUGCUUCCCGAGGGAGCACUCAGUAAUCUAGUUGAUUAAAUCGUCACGCGGCGGCUUUUAUACGAAUGAGAAUAGUUCAGACACUUUGCUGUCUCCUUGCCCUCCCAAUGUUGGUGUGCAAGAUUUGGUCAGUUAACUGUGAUAAAAAAACAUUGGGAGGAUCAGGAGAAUGGGCCAGAAGUAAAAAAAACAGCAUUGGGUGUGUGCGAACUAUUUUUGUCCGAGACUGUGUUGGAGAAGGAACUGAAUUUGUAGUCACAAAACUACAAGCUAAUUAACAUUCUUGCUUGUAGUUUAAUUUCUCAUGCCUGAUUGGCUUUUUUCUUGCAACACAAUAACAUUCAAGAAAUAUUUCUGGUGCUCAUCAUUUUCCCCAUUUGACAGCUCAUACUCUGCUUGUACAUGUAAAUGUGUGAUACACUUCUUGUAUUUUUCUGCAAUUCUGCAUUCUGAUUGGUUGAUGUACUACUUGCUGUCUAUGGGCUCAUAGAGUACAGGCCACAGGAAUAAUUAUUGUAGCAUUACAUGCGCACGUUUCUUGUGUGUAAAUCUGCCAUGUUGCACGCAAAGUAAAUAAAAACUACAUGCAAAAAUGCAUGAGAAGAUACAUGUAAAUUUUCGGAAACUGAGUUUAAAAUUUUACCCCUGGACUGUGUGUAUUUGAUAACUUUUUUCUUUGGCUAAAAUCUGUGAACAAUGAAUGAAGAUCUCUCACCCUCAAGGCGUACUCUGAAUGUCCAUCAUAUUUUGGGGAAAAAUAGAAUGAUCAUUUCUUUCACUUAGGCAGCUACAAAAAUUAGUGUCGAUUCCAUUUCACUUUGUAGAUUGCAGUUUAAUCAUUUGAGUGUCUUUUAAAAUUUUCCGAUGCUCCUUGUUAAGUGAUUGAAACUGUGAUGUAGAAUGAUUCGCUAUUCUUUUUGAAAUCUUUCUGAUGUUUUCAAACAUUUUCAAGGACAGGUGAUGUAUGGCCUGUCGGUAUUUUACACCUGUAGGAGUAUUUUGCUUGUAAAUCCUCAUAUUGCAUGCAAUUUACACACAUGUAAAUGCUGCAAUUCCCAUGCAGGGCUGUUCUCUAAGGAAAAUUGAAGGGAGCCCAGUGCUCUGAACAUGUAAAAUCCAGGGUGCCCAGCAUAUGAUUUUUGUGAAAAAACGUAAUAUUUUCUAGUUGCCCAAGAGCAAAAGUUAGGCACCACAGGCCACCGGGCUCUGCUAGAGCACAGCCCAGUCCAUGGCCAAGCUGUCUGGCCAAUGACAGAAAAGCAAGGUGUUUGUCCAAUACAUGUAAAUAAUUAUUUGAUAGAAAUGCAAAAUAAUAGUUCUCUUAUCAAUUAUUUUCAGUAGAAUACAGAAUUUUUAUGUCAAACAAUAAUUUAUUUUAGGGCUAACCUUCGAUGUUUAUUAGCUUUUGAUAGUUGACAUGGUAGUUUGUCAUCAGUCAACUUUCUGCCAGUAGAAAUUUUAAGUUCAGCUUGCAAAUGUCAAUAUACUCUGUGGUUACCUUUUUUUGCAGGCCUUAAAGUUACAAGUGAUGCAUUGAUUGGCAAGUCCACUUGGGAUGUACUUUUUCAACAACCCAACUUCUUUAGCAAAUACAAGUACAUAAUUUUUCCUUGUCUAAUUGUGUGUCUUAAUCUAGCCUCAAGCCCUCCUUCCCUUGGCUUGAAUGAUUUUCGUCAUCUAAAUGUAUAUCUUGAACUUGCUAUUGCAAUAAAGAAUCUCUGCUUUGUUACUGUGGUGUGUUUCAUAAUCUGUUCUUUCCACACAACUAUUUCUGAAUUAAUGGUAAAGAAACAAUAUUUUUGCUUUAUCAGUAGGUGUUCUUAAGGUGCAGGUUUUCCUCAGCAACAUUCCCAAAACUGAUUUUUGCUUUCAUUUGCUGUGAAUUACAGGCUUUCUGGGCAUUCCAUAACAAGUUAUCGUGUAUUCUCAGUUGGUUCAUGUUUAAAUCUGUUAUAUUUCAAAGUUUCAUUCCUUUCAUAACAUUAUUGAACAAAAUAUUGGAUAUUGUUUCCUGUCUUUCAUUGUCUUACAUUCACAGCUGCAAUUUAACAACCCCAAAAAGCUGUGAAAACUAAAAUUUUUUUUAAGUGCAUUUGAGUCUGUUGUCUUGCGGAUUGCCAGUUAGAGCUGUAUGCAUGCUGGCAGGUCAUUUAUGGCUGGUGAAUUCUGUUCUCCACAUUUCAGACACUAUAUUGUGUUAAGUGCCAUAUCAAACUGUGAAGAGGAUCAUUUAGAAUGGUGAGUCAAGUUAAACUGGUACUUGUUUGUGCAUUUAAGUUUUACAAUUUAGUUUGGUCUACAAUUUUGAAGCCCAAGAAGGGUAGCCAGGAAAUGCACAGAAAUCAGUCAAUAGAAUUUGUACAUGAAACUAAAAUUUUAAGGGUACUGUCAAAAUAUGUGUGAGGAAUAAUAGUUUAUUUCGCAAUAAAUGAACAGUGACUGAAGAGACGAACUUGUGGCUUGUUCUAAUCCUAAACCUUUGGGAAAACUCUUGGGAUCAAGUGGUAUACCUCCUUUACAUCCCAGGGUGAAAGAAAGUUGAGCUCAGUUUAUUUUUCUUUCAGGAUUGGUUUAGUCGAGUCAAAAAUCAGAAUUCUGAUAUCAAACCUGGAGAACACUCAAUAUGUCCUGUUAGCUCAUGUUCAACCAAAGUCAUUUCCUGCACUAGUACCUGACAAGUAAGGUUUCUUUCUCCGUCUUUGGCUAUUAAUUUACUUAAGCACAAUAAAUAGUUUUGGCUUUAGUGCAGAGAUUGAUUCAAUUCUCUAUUAAAAGAUUACAGGAUUCAAAAUGUCAAUUUAAGACGUAAUGCACAUAAAAUUUAAUACAGUAGUAUAGCUCAAUUCUACGUAAUUGCUCUUGUCAUUUUGGUCUAUUCUCCGCACACAAAGAGCAUUGUAUGAGCAAGUCCUUCGUGCAAUCAUUUUUCCUGUGACUGCUCACCUUUUAGGGAUGAAAGAUCAAUUAUUAUUAUGGCUUGCUCCUUGGGCAGGCAAGGUGAAUCUAUACUUACGCUUUUAUAUUGGUUAGGCAAAUGGGGAAGAUGUGUCUACAUUGUCGGCUUUGUUCCUAGAAGAAAGAAAUCAGUUUCUCUUUUCAAAUGAAAUGAAUCCUUUAUUGCUCAACUAAGUAUGUUCAGUCAAGAUGCCUGGAUUUUUGUCUCAUUUGUUCAUUUUUGUGAAGAGAAGUUGAGAAGAGCCUUGCCAAUAUUAUUUCUAGCUAUAUUUCAAGCUUGAAAAAAAGUUUGAUUAUUUAUGUUAUGGUUAGUGAUAAGUGGAUAAGUGAUUUUCAUGUAUUAUUAAAUUAUGAUUAAUCCUAAAAUAUCAUUGGUGGAUUUCUUAUUAUUAUAUGACACUAUAUUUUUAUGUCAAGCUUGCCUUCUUUUUAAUGGUGUGUUUUCUAGGGCUGCUCCUACUACUAGGUGGUUUAUUGGGUUACAGUUUGAGAAAAAAGGUAAGGUCAUUACCAGCAUCAAUUAUUAUUUUCUCCUAAAAUUAUCAGUACAUGAUCAAGAGAAAAAGUUAUGAGAAUUAUUAAAAUAAUCAUCUUAAGGAGAAUUAUAUGAUCAUUUGUCAAAUUCUCUCAAUCAAUUCUUUAAGUAAAUGUAUGGAAAUCCGUUUGGAGAAUUUGAAUCUGGUUAUUGGGGCUCUAAUGGUUAGGGACGAAAUUUAAACAAAGUCUAACUGAAACCGCGGUUUAAGAAAUCUUUGAACCUCCAGAUAUCUUCAUCACUUGGUUACCUUAAGAAGACAAAUGCUUUUCUAGUCUACGCUAAAUUCUUUCAUUAAACCUUUUCAGGAUUAAUGGUGUUUACGUAAAAGCUUUUGCAAACUGAAAAUGGCUUAGAACACAGUUUUGUUAAACACUGGCUAAAUUCCCUUUAAAUAACUGUCUUAAUUUAAUUUAUACAUACAAUGUUGUUCUUUCAGUAUUAUUAACAACUUGCAAGACGGCCCCUCCAUUUUUUGGUCAUGUUUGAAAGUCCUUCAAAGUUACAGAAUUUUUGCUUGUGACAAACAGUAGACAAACUGCUCUGAAAGUUUUCUUGCUUGUUUUUGCUUUGUUUCCAAAAAGUAUGCGUGUGCAAAAAGAAAAAAAAUAUCCGCAUUCCCACUUUUAGCAUUCUUUAGCCUGCAAACCAUCUGUUUCUCUUCGCCGCUGGGGAUGUUAUGUUUACAUAAUAAAUCCGGUAGUCAUGGGGUUGCAAAUAUAACUUUGUCCAAUUUUGCGUGUCUUCUGGUCGAUUUUGGUGAGGUGUUGUGUUCAUCUGCCAACAAGCUCCAGCAAAACUCAAAUGCUUCUUCUAGAGAAGAACAUAUUCCAGAAAUAUUGACUUGUUUUGUUAAAGAUUCUUCGCAUUUACAUUCGACCUUUGUGGCCUUUUGUUUUUUGUCUGUCAUUCAUAAACAAUAGCUAAAACAAUGUAACUGCUCCGUCGACCAAUCAGCGCUUCUAACCAGAUUCCGGACAGAUUUUAUGUCAUCAGUAUGGAAUUUCUGUCGCUCUCUGUCAUAAGUAACUUAAACCUGUUUAACUGAUAGAUGACCCAUAUUAUCGUGAUGUAAUUGACCAAUCAGGUUAAUAACUAGAGUUAAAUACAUGUACCAUCAACUGACGUGAUUCAACUCACUUUGACACUGAAGAUUACUACUGCACAGGUAAUGGGUUAUCAUAAUGUCAGUCACUGUCAACAACAGUCCUAUUCAGGACUAUGUUCACUCGUACGAUCAUGUUCAACCUACUUGUGAAAUGACUCACGGCUUCAUUUUCCUUUAUAUCUUGUCAUUAACAUUAUUAAAAAAUUAUUUUGUCCUUAUUUUGUGUGCAUCCACAGAAAAUGUGAACAUUGAUUUGACUGGAGCUAUUCAGAUGUUUACAAACACUGGUUUGUAAUUUAAAAGUGCUAAACAGUUUUCUUUUGUUGUGUUGUGUUUUGUAUUUUGUUUAAGAGUUACAAACAGCAGGGGCGAACUUUGCUAACUAUCAGGCUCUUUUUAGAAACCCCUUAUUCAAAUUUACCCAUCUAUGCCUUCUUUUCUGUUUACUGCAUUUAUUUCAACAGUGCUUUCAGUGUUUUAAAGGAGCUGUGUUUAAUACGACAUUCAUCCAAAUUGAGACAGUGGUAACCACAGACAAAUUGAGUGACACUUAAAAAUAACAGCUCCAAACUAUAAAAGAACGUUGAACUAACACAGCAAAUAUAAAAGGAGGCAUGGAUGGACAAACUUGAAGAGGAUUGAAAUGGAUUGAAAACUUGUUAGCCUGAAUUUGGUUGAAUUUGAUGUUACAGUUCCCUUUUAAGACUACACAUAAACCAAAAGCGCUGUUUGGUUUCUUUGUUUGUCGGGGGUAAGGGGAGUGGGACACAAGGUCAUGAUUCCAAGCUGUAUCAGCAGCUACCUGGAUUAAGAGUUUCAUAGUCUCAUUUUUAUCUUUUAAUUUUGGCACACUUUUUCUGCAGUUCAUAUGCAAGCUAUGACAGCGAAAAUGUUGAAGGAGGGAAUGAGAACAGAGGCCAAACAUGUGAAAAAGUGAGUAAUCUAGGUGUGCUUACUAUUUACAUGGAAAAAUCAGAAAUUCCAGUAGGAAAAUCAAAUAGUUCUCACCGAUAUGUUUGGGAAACUUCAGAAAAUAUAGGCUGUGAUUGAGGUGAUAAAAGUUUUCCUAGUCGGUCCAGCUGAUCUGGAUAUAUUUUGUAGCUGCUCGUUCUUCCAUCACAUCACAUUUUAUAGUUUUGUGUUUAUGCAAAAGAUUUUCACCCGGGUGGAUUGUGUAAAUGGUAAGCACCCCUGAUCAACACUUUAUUUUCUGACUCAAUUUCAAUGCAAAUCAUAUUCUGUGAUUUUAACCUGUGACUCUGUUAAUCCAUUAGUCGUUUUGAUUUUCAUAACUUUACCUUACUUGUUUUAGGCCUUGAUUCUUACACUUUUUUUGGCUUAUCAUGGCUUUACUUAAAGCCAUGGCAGUCAUAAAUGGCCAAUCGUCAUCAAAAUUGUAACCCAGAGAGUGAAGACAAGUUUACCUCUUUUGGCGUCACAAAUCUUUUGUAGGCAAUCUUUUGUUUGCCAUGAUAGCACGUGUUUAAUUGCAGUAAAUUGCAAUUGACUAUACUUUCUUUUUGUUUUGUUUUGUUUUUGUACAGAAAGCAGCUCAGUGAGUAUUUACCAGCAAGUGUUCUUAAGCAGAAAAAGAGAAGCUCAGCCGCACCAUCAGAUGGCAAAAAGGAGGUGAAUUUCUUCUACUUUAUACUUCUCCUGUAUCUGUCAGUAAAACGAGAAGGGCAUGUAUUUUGUCCACGGUAUAGGGUUUUAUCUUCUUUAUUGCCUAAACAGGAUAAGUGGCCCUCCAAUUCCUGAACAUGGGCCAAGUGCCCCUCUUAGAAGGUUAGACAAUAGGUUUAACAUGACUCGGAGGCUUUCUGGUCAUUUUUCUAUAUUUGGUUUGAUUUUCUUUGUGCUCAAGUCUCUUCUGGGAAUUGUGAGACAAUGGAGUCGCGAAAAAUUCGCAAUUUUGACCCUAAAGCCUCGGAGUCAUGUUAGAAUUGUAAAUAUAUCGAACUUGGGCUAUUAGAUCAAUCUUGAUUGCUUGGGCAACUAAAAAUAUUCUUUGUUUGACUCGUGCUAUCCUGUCUCAGGCGUUCACAUUGUUGGGACGGUGCCAAGAAAUGUCAGCAGGAAAAACAGCGAGGGGGUGGGGUAGGGAGUUAGAGCGAAAGUUUCCUCCUCUCUCGCUCUCUUCCGCCCUUUUUUCUGCCGCUCUCUGACUUCGCGCCACACUCUACUGCCAGAACGUCUGAAAAAGGCUAGGCUCGUACAAAUCGUUCAGAAAAGUUUAAAAUUCAUGAAUUAGAAAUUUUAUUUAGAUCGUAGGAGAUGGCGGUUAGGUUUAGAUAUUUGAGUAUUGUUUUUGUUUCUAAUGUUUUGUGAUCUAAAAUUGCAAAUUGUCUUUCUGGAAUUAAUCAGAGUACUGUUGGAGUAACAACUAAAUCAGAUGGUGGUAAAGCAGAUGUGUCGCUUGACUCAACACUUAAUGCCAGCGAUUUGAGCCUGGAUACUACUACAGAAAUCAUUGAUGGUGCUGAUUCGACAAGCGGAAACGAAAACAAUGAACAAACAGGUAAAGCAACAGUCUCCUACUGGGAGCUAUGUCAGAAACAGGGUGGGAACUGGAGCCGAAAUGCGUCCUGCAAUUGUUUCUGGGAUCGUUACUGGUGACGUGCCAGUCAGCUAUGGGCCAAGAUUUUUUUUUGCCUGUCCCCAGUAACGGUCCCAGAAGUCUUUGCGGAAGUUAACUCGGUCCAGUCUCCCUCUCAUUUCCAUAGCGGCGAAUGGAAGCCACGUGACAUGUCAACAUUCCCUUUCUAUAUUACCGUAUUUUCUCUUGGAGCCCGGCGUCAAAUCGCGCAAAAAUAACUCUAACUUUAGUAGAAAUCGACGAUAUUAUAUAGUUAAGAUCACAAACGUGUCAAAUCAUUAAAUUCGCUUCACACCACUUGACAGACAUUCAUUCAGUGCACUAGAGUAAGCCUUUGCGUCUGGAGCAUUCAAUAAUUUCCGCCGUUCAAAUGAGAAGGCAUUCUUGAUCUUUUAUAACUUCGUGUUCUUUCGUAGCAGUUGUCAGUAGUUCCGAUGAUAAAAAAGUGCUGCCUGUGGUGCCUGCCUUUACAGCCCCCGUGUCAACAGUUGGUGAAGUGACGUCAUCAGAUACAACUGCAGUUCCUGCUGAGUCGUCAGCGGUUUCACAGGACAGGGUAUGCGCUUUAAAAAUGACUUGUAACUUAGAGCUAUGUUUUAUGGUUGCAAUAUUUUUUCCCCUUCUUUGUAACUUCUUCUCCUUUCUUUUUCAGCCUACUGGAUUGAAGCGACCUAGCUCUCCUAAAGAAUCCGAAAAAGAGAGCAAGAAACCUCGAUUGGAUAACGCUGAAAACUCGGUUUGUUAUUAUUAAUAUUGUCAAUUCUCGUUGUUUCUCCUCCCCAAAGAUCGGGUAACUUGUCACAGAUAGCUUGAUUGUGCUUUUUAAUACUAAGAUUCAUUUCCCAACUUAUUGUGGCUGAAUAGUCUUUGAAGCAGUCAAUCGCUGUUGAGAAUGCCUUGUCCAAUCAUAGUACGAGCUGCUGAUAAUUAAACUAGUCAAUCAUAUGUCAAAUCUCAAAGCAAAUGCGUGUGACCGUCACCCAGCGCUGGAAAUUUCUGUGGAAAAGUCACUGUUGAGAGUGCCUUGGCCUAUAAUAACAAGAGCUGGUAAUUAAACUAACCAAUCACAUCUCAAAGCAAAUGCCUGUGACUGGCGCCAAGUGCGGUAAAACUGCUGUGAGGAACUCACUGUCGGUCUUGGGUGUUUAUUUUUUAUUUGGAUAAGAAAAUCAUUUAUUGGGUGAAUUCUUCAGUCAAAGUGAGUGUCUAACUAUGCCCUUGUAAAAAUAAUCUAAUUAUUAUUUUGUGAACAUGAACAUAAUCUUCGCAGUAGAAUGAAAAACCUAAGUUGCUGAAAAAGAACCUGAGCGUUACGUCCAGUUAUCGCAAAGGUCAGGGUUCGGUUCUCGGUCAAGCCUGAAUUUUUUCAGGCCUUUAGUCAUCCGCUUAGGUUAUUCACUGCAGCGAAGAUAAUUUUUACUUUCAUAUCUUUAUCCGUAGUUCAAAUCUAUGAUUCUUUUCACAUAUUUCAAUUAAGGAUUAUUUUGUUCCGUUACUUGAAGGCGGUCAGUUCUGUUGAUUCGAUUAACGGUGAAAAUGCAAGGACGCGGCCUAACUCUGCUGACGGUGACGGUCCACAGAAAAGGGUAAAGUUGGAGCCGAACAAGGUGAGUUUAAUUCUUUGUGUAGAAUUUGUCAGAAUGGCUAGGUGGGAGAAAAAGAAAAGCUUGCUCUCACUCUAAAACCGUUUGCUCUAACCUGGACGAGAAGCAGAUCUGUUAGUAAGGGUGACAAUGAAAGAUGGAGAAGCAUCAGUAACAGUAAAAUUUGACCCUGGAUAUUCCAGAGAGCAUCUCACGACAGAAAAAGGUUCCGAAGCGAAGUCUAACUUGACCAAAAGACCUUCGAACUUUGAUCCAUCGUUACUUUUGCCCUUGUAGCUCUCACCAAAGAAACGAAAAAGCGUGGUACAUGAAAACGAGAACGCGUCAAAUUCCCACAAAUUACAGAAGUCUUGUCUGUUGAUAUGCCGUUAAUCAUCUGAUCUUUCCCAGGACACUUCAAACGAAGAGGAAGAAGAAAAAGAAGAUGGAAUUACUGAGGAAGAAUUUAAAGAAACAUUUUUGUUGUGUUGUGUUUUUGUUGUGUUUGAGGAGUUAACGACGGUAGGGGGUUUUGUUUGUAUUUAUCUGGCUCUUUUUAGUAUUCCUUUAUUCAAAUUUUCUCUUCUUUGUUUUUUUUUUUUUGUUUACUGCAUUUAUUUCAACAGUGCUUUCAGUGUUUUAAGGGAGCUGUGUUACGACAUUCAUCAAAAUUGAGACAGUGGGAACUGCAAACAAAUUGAGUGACACUUAAAAAUAACAGCUCCAAACUAUAAAAGAACGUUGAACUAUUAUAAAAGGAGGCAUGGAUGGACAAACUUGAAGAGGAUUGAAAUGGAUUGAAAACUUGUUAGCCUAACAGUUUUUCAAAGUUCAUUCUGUUUGUCUUCAGCUUUUGAUAUAAUGCUUGGGGGACAAAGUUGUUUGAUAUAAAGCAGUGGUUUUGUCAUUUGCAAGUUUUUUUUCUUGCCAACCCUAAGUUCCAUUGAGGCUAAUGGCGCUUCCAUUUUUCAGAACUGACUAGCCAGACCAUUCCAGUCAUGUGAGAAUUUCACUUUUGAUCAAAACUAUCCAGCCAGAUCUGUCAAAUCCUAAAUAGUAUGCACGAAGCAGGUAGUGUUUCAACAAAAACUCUUGGAAAAAGCAUUUUUCAUUGUCAAAAUGACUGGUCUUGCUAUAGUUCGGCUGGACUGUUCUGACUUGUGGAAAGUGCCCUAAGAAAGAGUAAUUGGCAAUUUUAACAAAAUGAACUAGGAAGCCACUGACACAAGCCUUUUAAAGGUGAUGUUUUUACAUGGGACCAUUCGCAACAACGAUUUUUAGUACAACACAGCAUUACAACAUUGUUCCAACAAUGCUACACUGUGUUGCACUCAAAAUCGUCGUUGCAAAUCGUCUUGUGUAAUGUCACCUUAGUAGUUAUUUUUGUGUUCCACACAAUAAGGUGGCCAGUUCUCCUGUCUGAAUUUGGUUGAAUUUCAUGUUACAGUUCCCUUUAAGACUACACAUAAACCAAAAGCACUGUUUGGUUUCUUUGUUUGUCGGGGGUAAGGGGAGUGGGACACAAGGUCAUGAUUCCAAGCUGUAUCAGCAGCUACCUGGAUUAAGAGUUUCAUAGUCUCAUUUUUAUCUUUUAAUCUUGGCACACUUUUUCUGCAGUUCAUAUGCAAGCUAUGACGGCGAAAAUGUUGAAGGAGGGAAUGAGAACAGAGGCCAAACAUGUGAAAAAGUGAGUAAACUAGGUGUGCUUACUAUUUACAUGGAAAAAUCAGAAAUUCCAGUAGGAAAAUCAAAUAGUUCUCACCGAUAUGUUUGGGAAACUGCAGAAAAUAUGGGCUGUGAUUGAGGUGAUAAAAGUUUUCCUAGUCGGUCCAGCUGAUCUGGAUAUAUUUUGUAGCUGCUCGUUCUCCCGUCACAUCACAUUUUAUAGUUUUGUGUUUAUGCAAAAGAUUUUCACCCGGGUGGAUUGUGUAAAUGGUAAGCACCCCAGACUCAAUUUCAAUGCAAAUCAUAUUCUGUGAUUUAAAUCUAUGACUCUGUUAAUCCAUUAAUCGUUUUGAUUUUCAUAACCUUACCUUAUUUGUUUUAGGCCUUGAUUCUUACACUUUUUUGGCUUAUCAUGGCUUCACUUAAAGCCAAACGAAAGUUGUAGGAGAAAUGAAAAAAUUUUCCUUCUUUUUGGCAGUCAUAAAUGGCCAAUUGUCAUCAAAAUUGUAUCCCAGAGAAUGGGGACAAGUUUGCCUCUUUUGGCGUCACAAAUCUUUUGUCUGCAAUCUUUUGUUUGCCAUGAUAGCACGUGUUUGAUUGCAGUAAAUUGCAAUUGACUAUACUUAUAUCGGUGUUGUUUACGUGUUUUGUUUUGUUUUGUUUUUGUACAGAAAGCAGCUCAGUGAGUAUUUACCAGCAAGUGUUCUUAAGCAGAAAAAGAGAAGCUCUGCUGCACCAUCAGAUGGCAAAAAGGAGGUACAUUUCUUCUACUUUAUACUUCUCCUGUAUCUGUCAGUAAAACGAGACGGGCAUGUAUUUUGUCCACGGUAUUGGGUUUUAUCUUCUUUAUUGCCUGAACAGGAUAAGUGGCCCUCCAAUUCCUGAACGUGGGCCAAGUGCCCCUCUUAGGAGGUUAGACAAUAGGUUUAACGUGACUCCGAGGCUUUCUGGUCGUUUUUCUAUAUCUGGUUUGGUUUUGUUUUUGCUCAAGUCUCUUCUGGGAAUUGUGAGCAGUGGAGUCGCGAAAAAUUUGCAGUUUUGACCCUUAAGCCUCGGAGUCGUGUUAGAAUUGUAAAUAUAACGAACUUGGGCUAUUAGAUCAAUCUUGAUUGCUUGGUCAACUAAAAAUAUUCUUUGUUUGACUCGUACUAUCCUGUCUCAGGCGUUCAGAUUGUUGCUCGAAGAUGUUAGCUUGUUAGCUACUCUAAAAUUCGAGUAUAAAUAAAGUUUUAUGUUACGUUAUGUUAUGAGACGGUGCAAUGAGAUGUGAGCAGGAAAAACAGCGAGGGGGUGGGGUAGGGAGUGAUAGCGAAAGUUUCUUCCUCUUUCCCUCUCUUUCCCCCUUUUUUCUGCCGCUCUCUGACUUCCCGCCACACUCCACUGCCAGAACGUCUGAAAAAGGCUAGACUCGUACAAAUCGCCCAGAAAAGUUUAAAAUUCAUGAAUUAGAAAUUUUAUUUAGAUCGUAGGAGAUGGCGGUUAGGUUUAGAUAUUUGAGUAUUGUUUUUGUUUCUAAUGCUUUGUGAUCUAAAAUUGCAAAAUGUCUUUCUGGGAUUAAUCAGAGUACUGUUGGAGUAACAGCUAAAUCGGAUGGUGGUAAAGCAGAUGUGUCGCUUGACUCAACACUUAAUGCCAGCGAUUUGAGCCUGGAUACUACUACAGAAAUCAUUGAUGGUGCUGAUUCGACAAGCGGAAAGGAAAACAAUGAACAAACAGGUAAAGCAACAGUCUCCUAGUGGGAGCUACGUUAGAAACAAGGUGGGAACUGGAGCCGAAGUGCGUCCCGCAAUUGCUUCUGGGAUCGUUACUGGUGACGUGCCAGUCAGCUAUUGGCCAAUUUUUCUUUUGCCUGUCUCCAGUAACAGUUCCCAGAAGUCUUUGCGGAGGUUAACUCGUUCCAGUCUCCCUCCCGUUUCCCUAGUGGCGAAUGGAAGCCACGUGACAUGUCAACGUUCCCUUUCUACAGUACCGUAUUUUCUCUUGGAGCCCGGCGUGAAAUCGCGAAAAAAUAACUAACUUUAGUAAAAAUCGUCGAUAUUAUAUAGUUAAGAUCACAAACGUAUCAAAUCAUUACUUUCGCUUCACACCACGUGACAGACAUCCAUUUAUCCUUCAGUGCACUUGAGUAAGCCUUUGCGUCUGGAGCAUUCAAAAAUUUCCGCCGUUCAAAUGAGAAGGCAUUCUUGAUCUUUCAUAACUUCGUGUUCUUUCGUAGCAGUUGUCAGUAGUUCAGAUGAUAAAAAAGUGCCGCCUGUGGUGUCUGCCUUUACAGCCCCCGUGUCAACAGUUGGUGAAGUGACGUCAUCAGAUACAACUGCAGUUCCUGCUGAGCCGUCAGCGGUUUCACAGGACAGGGUAUGCGUUUUAAAAAUGACUUGUAACUUUGAGCUGUAUUCUUAUGGUUGCAAGAUGUUUUCCCUUUCUUUGUAACUUCUUUUCCUUUCUUUCUCAGCCUACUGGAUUGAAGCGACCUAGUUCUCCUAAAGAAUCCGAAAAAGAGAGCAAGAAACCUCGAUUGGAUAACACCGAAAACUCGGUUUGUUAUUAUUAAUAUUGUCAAUUCUCGUUGUUUCUCCUUCCCAAAGAUCGGGUAACUUGUCACAGAUAGCUUGAUUGUGCUUUUUAAUACUAAGAUUCAUUUCCCAACUUAUUGUGGCUGAAUAGUCUUUGAACCAGUCAAUCGCUGUUGAGAAUGCCUUGUCCAAUCAUAGUACGAGCUGCUGAUAAUUAAACUAGUCAAUCAUAUCUCGAAUCUCAUAGCAAAUGCGUGUGACCGUCACCCAGCGCUUGAAACUGCUGUGGACAACUCACUGUUGAGAGUGCCUUGACCAAUAAUAACAAGAGCUGGUAAUUAAACUAACCAAUCACAUCUCAAAGCAAAUGCCUGUAACUAGCGCCAAGUGCGGUAAAACUACUGUGAGGAACUCACUGUUGGUCUUGGGUGUUUAUUUUUUAUUUGGAUGAGAAAAUCAUUUAUUGGGUGAAUUCUUCAGUCAAAGGGAGUGUCUGACCUAUGCCCUUGUAAAAAUAAUCUAGUUAUUAUUUGUGAACGUGAACGUAAUCUUCGCAGUAGAACGAAAAACCUAAGUUGCUGAAAAAGAACCUGAGCGUUACGUCCAGUUAUCGCAAAGGUCAGGGUUCGGUUCUCGGUCAAGCCUGAAUUUUUUCAGGCUUUUAGUCACCCGCUUAGGUUAUUCACUGCUGCGAAGAUAAUUUUCACUUUCAUAUCUUUAUCCGUAGUUCAAAAAUAUGAUUCUUUUCACAUAUUUCAAUUAAGGAUUAUUUUGUUUCGUUACUUGAAGGCGGUCAGUUCUGUUGAUUCGAUUAACGGUGAAAAUUCAAGGAAGCGGCCUAACUCUGCUGACGGUGACAGUCCACAGAAAAGGAUAAAGUUGGAGCCGAACAAGGUGAGUUUAAUUCUUUGUGUAAAAUUUGUCAGAAUGGCUAGGUGGGAGAAAAAGAAAAGCUUGCUCUCACUCAUAAAACCGUUUGCUCUAACCCGGACGAGAAGCAGAUCUGUUCGUAAAGGUGAUAAUGAAAGAUGGAGAAGCAUCAGUAACAGUAAAAUUUGACCCUGGAUCUUCCAGAGAGCAUCUCGCGACAGAAAAAGGUUCCGAAGCGAAGUCUAACCUGACCAAAAGACCUUCGAACUUUGAUCCAUCGUUACUUUUACCCUCGUAGCUCUCACCAAGGAAACGAAAAAGCGUGGUACAUGAAUACAAGAACGCUUCAAAUUCCCACAAAUUACAGAAGUCUUGUCUGUUGAUAUGCCGUUAAUCAUCUGAUCUUUCCCAGGACACUUCAAACGAAGAGGAAGAAGAAAAAGAAGAUGGAAUUACUGAGGAAGAAUUUAAAGAAACGGAAGUUUAUAAAUCGCUUAUGAACGACAUUGAACUUAAAUUUGGGACGAUGGUAAACAAUUUAUUGCCCCCCACCCCCCGCUCUCCACCCCUUCCAUGUUCUGGCCUUGAAAAUUACCUAAGUUGUCUGUCCUCUAGUGAGUGAUUUAGUAUAGCAGAGAGAGACACUAUCAUGGGUAGACUUGGUGAAAGGUUGUGGCGUUGCCAUUUCUGGUAUAUUGGUUCUUGUAACAAAAGAUUCUUUUUUUUCUUUUUUUUUUUCAUAUUUGUUUAGCAAGAGCAACUAUGUCUCCUUCUUGAUGCGUUCCAUUUACCUGUUACCUUUUUUUAUUAGUCUUCAGGUGAAUCGUCAAGUACAGAAGGUGUAGUGGAUGGAAACACAGGCAACCCGACCGAGGUGAGUGAUAACUUUCCCUUUAUUAUCCCAGGUGUGUCCCGACGUAAAGGUAAUUAGUAUACAAUCGGACCUUUCUCGUGAGCGACCGCGUCCUAUAGGCGAUCAUUUUCUUAAAACGAAAACAAUUUUCCCAGUCAAAGCUUUAUAGUUGGAGCCUCUUGCAGACGACCACUGCUCGUAAGCGACCGCUACCACUUUUGGGGGUGAUGGUUUUGUUAUUAUUCUCUGUUGUUUGUAAUCUCUUUAAGCGACCACCUGAUUUCUAUGUUUCAGUGCUGUAUUUACCAUGCUACUCAGAUUAUGCGAAGAAUUUUUAGUGACAACGUGAACUAUACAUAUCAUAACUUUAAAAUCGCAUGCAGUAAAUUUCGCUCUUAAAAUAUAUAUCUCCCAUUAGUAUCAUUAACAUAGAGUACAGUGAGAUAUAAAUUCGUAAAUGUAAAGCGGAGUGUUGAUGAAAAAUCCCAUUAGAGGCUUAAUAGCCACUAAAAGGAUGUGGGCAAGAGGGAGUUUGGGCUCAAUGGCACGAUUUGUGUGUAAACUUUUGAUAAACUUAAUUGUUAAAUGGUUGCUUGGUCCCUUUGUAGCUGUGGUUAGCGUAUGUAUGUAUUCUGUGUGUAGGGACGAGGCCAAGAGACUUGUGAAGUAAACGAAGGCAAGGGAUCCCCAACAAGUGAAAACAGCACGAAAGCAGACGUAAGCGAACUAUUGUGUAUUAGUAAAAUCCAACUAGUGGUCUAUAAUCAUUGCUGCUUUCUGAUUGGUUGAGCUACUACUAGGCUAUAUGUUAUAGCCCACUAGUUGGGGAAAGCGCUAGCAAACAAGGAUUAAAGUCUAGCUUUAACUAGCUAAAGUUGUUUUGUCUCGAUAUUCUUGACCAACUAGUUGGAUUUUCAAUUAUUCCUCUCGCCCUCAUGGCCUCUGAGUCAAUAACCCAUUCGCCCUUCGGCCUCAUGGGCUGUUGACUCAGAGCCCAUUCGGGCUCAAAGAAUAAUUGUUAAAUAGUAGUUUCAAAGACAAUUCUACAACUGUUGCGUCAACAUUUCAGUUAUAAAAAGCAGACUCGCCAUUCAGAGCUUUUAUGUUUAUCGUUUCCAGAUACCCAAACCUGAAGAGACUAAAGGAGCUGUAAAAAGAUCGAUAUCACCGAAUAACGAGGAAAAAUUGCAACAAGAACGGCAGAAUGUGAGUCACAAUGUUUUUUAAACCCCGUGAAAAUGGUCACGACAUUGCUGGCCAACAACGCCCAACAUUGUUAGAUGUUACAUGUUGCGUCCGUUUGCACACAUGUUGCAUGUUGUCGCGUGUUGUUGGAAGUUGUUGUGCAGAGUUCGAAGGCGGUCAGACUUUUGAUCCAACAACCCCCAACAGGUAGGUCUUUUGUUCCGUGAUGGCCGAAGCAUAGUGCAACAAUGUUGAAAUAGCAUCCGUUUGAACAGCUCUUUCAACGUUCUUGGGGCCACGCACUUGCAUUCCACAUGGUCUUAUGGGUUGUAUCCUUCCCACGAUGCACUGUAGGUCUCAACAUUGUCUGGAGUCGUUCCAUCCGUUUGCGCACCAACGCCAACAUGGACGCAACAACUCCCAACAUUCUAAGGCCAACAAUUUUGGGAGCUGUUGCGUCCGUUUGCACGUGGCUUUAAAGGAUGAAUGCUGUAUAUAUUCACCUUCUUUACCUUGAAAGUUAUCUGCCGUUGUUGUAACUCAGUUAUAAUCCAUAAAUCUUUUGCAUUGUGGUCACGUGCCUAUCUCUUAUUUUACUGUGUUGGACAGCAAAAUAUUAGACUGUUUGCACGUGAUCACUUUUUCUGAUUGUUGCGUGGUUGUUUGUUAAUCAAUGUCAUUGCCCCUAUAUAUUUUUUUUGUUUGUUUUUUUUGUUUUACAUACUCGGAAAAUUUCGACCGAAUCAUUUGGCCUUCAACAGCCAAUUAAACAGCCAAAAUAUUCCAUAUAUACUCAUCAUCCCUGUCCCUUUCCCGAUUUUAACUUGUUCUCUAAGGGCCUGUUUACAUGGAGGUGGGGGACCCCAGGUAGGUGAGGUAACCCGUUUAGGAGGGGUAACCCGCCUGUCCAUGUAAUCUCUCAUUUUAAUUUGAUCACGUUUACAUGUUUGGUGGGGUAACCCGCCACAUGUUACCUCACCUACCUGGGGUCCCCCACCUUCAUGUAAACAGGCCCUUAUUUAGUUUUGGUUCCGCUGUUGUUGCAGGAACCUGAAAAAGAAUUAAUCGAUGAAGGCCCUCCUCCAGCAAGCCAGAUUCCAGUGGUAAAAAAUGCAAUUAAGAUAAAGCUCAAGUAAAAACAUACGGCGGAAAUUGAUUUUUGGAAGCAUCCGCAAGACCAUGAUACAGCACAGCCCAAUGAAGUCCAGAGAAUGGCCUUUCUACUGCUACGAUUAAUGUUUGAGCCACUGAAAACCGACCGGAAAGAACCAUCACUAAUUAAGGAGGUAACGAGUCACAUGUCCUUCAACGUGAUCGGUCACGUCUUCGUCACGUGCCGCAGGGAUUGUUUUCACCGCUCUCUACGUGAUACGUGAUUGCGAUGCCAUCAUCCCGUACGCCGAAUACCUUGUAUUAUUUUUGUGAGUCUGUACANUUUAGUUUUGGUUCCGCUGUUGUUGCAGGAACCUGAAAAAGAAUUAAUCGAUGAAGGCCCUCCUCCAGCAAGCCAGAUUCCAGUGGUAAAAAAUGCAAUUAAGAUAAAGCUCAAGUAAAAACAUACGGCGGAAAUUGAUUUUUGGAAGCAUCCGCAAGACCAUGAUGCAGCACAGCCCAAUGAAGUCCAGAGAAUGACCUUUCUACUGUUACGAUUAAUGUUUGAGCCACUGAAAACCGACCGGAAAGAACCAUCACUGAUUAAGGAGGUAACGAGUCACAUGUCCUUCAACGUGAUCGGUCACGUCUUCGUCACGUGCCGCAGGGAUUGUUUUCACCGCUCUCUACGUGAUACGUGAUUGCGAUGCCAUCAUCCCGUACGCCGAAUACUUGUAUUAUUUUUGUGAGUCUGUACAAAGAAAAUAAACUAAAAUUGUAUAUUUUGACCUUUGUGUUGGUGUUAGUGUAAGCUUUGUUUAUCACUUGCUACAAUGUUUACUUGUUUUGUUCAUUGACGCCUGUGAGAACUUUUCCUAUGUACAAGGAGCUUCUUAGAAUGGCAGGGAGUUUAUAAACUUCGUGGGUUUUACACUGUUAUGUCAGGGGGUCGUUGAUUAUUUGUAAGGUGUGACAGAAAGUAGCAGAAGUUAAGGAAGUAGAAAAAGUUACGGAAGUAAAUUAAAGGGGCUGUGACACGGCUGGCAUCUCCACAGUAUUUCUCUUGUUCAUUUUGUUUCCAAUUCCAGUUUCGCGUCCUUAUUCGCUAUGAAAUAAGGGAAAUUGAGAAAUUUCUUGAGAAUGAUAAAAUCACAGCUUUGUGUCAAACUCCCAAGCGUUAAAUCAAACGUUCCAAACAACAAGAAUGAACUCUGAAACACUGUUAGACUGACAAGUUUUCA